AUGAAGCUUCUCAUCCUUCUCUGUUUCGUUUCCUUGUCUUCGGCGCUCAUCGGCAACACGCAGUCCGCUGGAGUCCGUGGAAAACUCAUCUGUAACGGAAAGCCGGCAGUCGGAGUGCUUGUCAAGUUGUACGACGAUGACAGAGGUAUUCUGAGUGUCUGAAAUCAUCCGGAACGUCAGAUUCCAGGUGUGGACGCUGAUGAUCUGAUGGCCUCCGGAAAGACGAACGCUAAUGGAGACUUCGAGAUCGCUGGACACGAGGAUGAGGUCACUCCGAUCGACCCCAAAUUGAACAUCUACCACGACUGCAACGACGGAAUCAAGCCCUGCCAGCGCAAGUUCACCAUCAAGAUUCCGGAUAGCUACAUUAGCUCCGGAAAGGUGGCCAGGAAAAUCUAUGACGCCGGAGUCAUUCAACUGGCCGGAUCGUUCCCGGGAGAAACCCGCGAUUGCCUCCAUUAA